AUGCCUACGCAGCGGGUUGGCCCAGAGUGCCAUGAGCUCCUGCAAGAGGUGGCGAGCUCUCUGCUCAAGGCUCGUAAGGUCGUUGUCAUGACUGGAGCUGGCAUCAGUACCAACUCGGGGAUUCCUGACUUUCGCUCCGAGAAUGGACUGUACUCACUCAUUCAGGCACAAUUCGAUGCCGCUGCGCAUCAGGAUCAGCAGCAGCCACCACUACAGCCUUACCGCGACACGGAUGACGACGACGACGGUACGGAGGACGAGAGGGGGCCUAAGAGACGAUGCGUGUCGGCCGAUGGCAGCAUAGUGGUCAUGAACGAGACCAAGGACGAAGAAGCCAAGAACACAAUAUCCGUCGACGCUAGCGAGCAUGACGACGACGAUGUGAACCCCGAAACAUUACGGGUCGGUCUACCCACAACGCCCCGCACGUCACCGCCGGCGCAUCUGGUUCUGCCUCCUUCGGCCUUCCGUAGCUGCACCCAGCGUCGAUUUCUUGACCUAGAUAUACCUGCGAGCUCAUCCCCUCUCUCGUCACCUCCUCCUGUCCUUUUCGACCCGUAUGAGUCAUCGAGCACACCCUCGGAAUCGAGUCCCAGCCGCCGCAGCAGCACGUCGCAGUCAGACGUUGAUGUUGGCGCCGAUGUGGACGACUCAUUCAACACACAGCCGUCGGCCAACCAGGGCGGGAAAACUACUCUGCCCAACAUGAAAGGGAAAGACCUCUUUGACGCGUCAAUCUGGGCUGAUCCCCUCCGUACGUCUGUCUUCUACACGUUUGCCACGUCUCUGCGGAAAAAAAUACAAGAUUGCGAACCUACGGGAUCCCAUCGGUUCAUCAGCCAUCUGAGGGAUCGGGGGAAGCUCGUGCGCUGCUAUACGCAGAACAUUGACCAGAUCGAGGAGAAGGUAGGGCUGUCAACAUCGCUCGAGGAUGGGCCUGGAAGUCGUGGGAGGUUCUCAAGAAGGUCCACAACGAAUGCUUCCCAGCUAAGCAAGAUGGUGGAGGAGGCCGAGGAUAAGCAGGAGGGUACACAGGAUCAAAAUGAGGUGGUGAAGAAGGGAGGAGAAGAACCCAAAACAGAAGAAAGGUCCCACGACGUGUCAGGGAGUGCUGAGGAUGAGCCAUCGACAGAGAAGCCGCAGUCGCAGCAGCAGCAACAGCAGCAGCAACCCAAGGCACCACCGAAACUGGAACGAUCCAGGUCAGGCGUCGAAUGCGUCUUUCUCCAUGGCUCCCUCGAAUCCCUUCGCUGUUUUCUCUGCGGACGCAUCUCUUCGUGGGAUGACACGCUGGAAUCGGAGACGUUAUCUGGCCAGCAACCGGAGUGUCCGCACUGCAUAGGUGCGACCACGGCGCGACAGGAGCGGGGUAAACGCGCUCUAGGCGUGGGCAAACUGCGACCCGACAUUGUCCUGUACGGCGAGGAGCACCCCAACGCACACCUUAUCAGCCCUAUUGUUACGCACGACAUCUCCAUCUGCCCAGAUAUGCUCCUGAUUCUGGGCACCAGCCUCCGCGUGCACGGCCUGAAGGUACUGGUGCGAGAGUUUGCUAAGGCCAUCCACAGCCGCGACGGGAAAGUCGUCUUUGUGAACUUCACCAAACCCUCUGAGAGCUCGUGGGGGGACGUCAUCGACUACUGGGUGCAGUGGGACUGCGAUGCAUGGGUGUCGGAUCUGCAGACCCGUGUGCCGAAGCUGUGGAUGGACGACGAGACGGCGCCGCCCAAGAAGAAGAAGAAGACAGAGGAGGAGAAGGAGAGAGAGAGGCAGGAAAAGGAAAGGGAGAGAAGGGAGCGUCCACCGCCAGUUAACCCGGCUGCUAUGCGGGAUAACAAGCAGUCAGCCGCGUACUGGUCGUUGAAGAUUCGGGACGAGCUCUUUCGGAUCACGGGGACACCAUCGCUUCAGUUGAGAGCGUCAGAGGUGCCCCCAAAAGCCCCAUCGGGAAGUCGUGCGAAGAGGAGAGAGACUCUGGAAUCGCGAGAUACAAGUCCUGAACCAUCUGUGCCGAUGCUGCCGGCCUCGAUCGAGACCAGUGUAACCGCUAUUAAAACAGCAACCAUAGCAUUGAAAAGGGAGGUAGUGCAGAUGGUGGAGACGAAAGUGCGGCAGCAGCAGCGGCAGCAGAUUGCACCGUCACCACCACCGGUGGGUGGCACCAUUAUGGCCAUGGAUAAGCCAAGUGUGAUGGCCCAGCGGGCUACAAAACCAAAGCCAAGACGAUCAAGCAAGUCGGGCGUCGGAGCGAUAGACAGGCCCAACAGCAACAUUAACAAGGCACCCUCGUCCACGCUAAACCCACACCACGGGCGAGCGAGGAAGCCGCAGCCGCUAACGCCCGCGGUGGAGAAGACGGUGCAGGGACACGGACAAAUAUCGGCGCCGGUGCAGAGCGGGAUGGCAUCCAUGGGUUCUAUACUGAACAGCUCGAUUGUCGAUUCUGUCAAGGGCAAUGCUCGGACGCGGAAGCGCAAGAAGAUUGAUGGAGUAGAAGUUGUUCUUCCAGGGAGUAAGAUGCGCAGACCGGAUCCGGCAAAGCCAGAGGAUCAGCAGCAGCAGCAGCAGCAGCAGCAUCAGGAAGAGCCCUUCUCGAUGACGCUCGCACCAAUGAAUGCUGUGUCAACCCCGACUCCCCGACAAGUAUCGGGGAUCCCACCACCCAUGGAACCCAUCAGCCCACCGGCGGGACCCGUCUCGCGAAUAACCGCGAGCAUAAGCAACGUAUGGCAGUUCGGCCAGCAGGCUACAACGGAAUUUUUCAAGAAUCACUGGUCAUCAUCAGAUGGGUCUCCUUGGCUAUGGACGCAGUAUCACCACACGCGGCAGCAGCAGGCACAGGUGCUAGCUCAGCAGCAGCAGCAGCAGCAGCGGAGGGAUAACAGUGUGGCGACGAGACAGCAGCAUAGACUAGGCUACGGAGACUUGGAAACGGACGCGGCGGUUACCUUGGCGCAGAUGGGUGUUCAGCGGUGA